AUGUGGACAGGCAUCGGCAGCUGGGCUCCGUACGUAUUUGUUUGGACGGCACAACGUAUAGGUUACAGCGGCGCUCGGAGAGAGCCGAGGUGCACGCGCCGCAAGCUCACCGCAGCGUUUGCGUCGUGCCCGAAACCAGUGAUGAGGCUUAGCAUCUCGCGGGCGUAUUCGUCGCAACUGCAACAACUACGGCGCGAUGAUCGUUGUCAUCGCUCAGCAGGAUACCUCUCUGGACUCUAUGGAUGCUUGAGGGAGAUAGAGAGAGAAAGCGUCGAUCAUUCCGUAUGCUGCCCAAUUCAAUACGUCGCCAGUUGCACGCUUUACAAUGUGACUGGGGUAGGGUGGCGAAUGCGCUUUGAGCCAGACGCUCACGAGACCGCUGUGCCUCGGUCUGCGGCGCGCAUGGAUCGUCUCGCGGGACGUGUACUUCCUUUCUUGCAUCAAGUCCGGCAGAUAGAGAGAACACUCCAACAAGUGUUCGCCGAGAGCGUUUCUCCCUGUGUCAGGCACGUUUAUCCUUGCCUGAUCACCGACAUUCUCCGCGCUUUCGGUGGGAUGCGGACAAAUGCAUCGAUCCUCUAUUGUUCAAAAUCGUAUCAUGCUCGGAUGGCUUUCUGCGGCAUACGGCUCAUUGCGCGAUCCGGAUCGCCGGAAAACGCCGCCACUGAAACAAAGCUGGAAAUGCUGUUCCGGAGAGGUACAGAACACGAGUCAGGCGGAGUACGGUUGAUCGCCAGUGCCGCCCAGAGAUUCCGAAACCUCGCUUACGCGUUCGAAGUGUCCGAGUUACACGCAGUAGUCGCUUUGCAUGCCAGUUCGUCGCCAAGUCUACGACAGAUAGGUGAUAAUCCUACCGCCCUGAAUCCAUCAGUUUCGUUAUCACAUCGCGCGAGACGACUUGCAACAAGCGAAAUAGAUUAA